ACGAUUUCCGCUGCAGCUAAACAACACUGCCUGAUAACGCUUGAAAACUGAUGUUUCUGCUACAAUGAGUGCCGAACAGCUUAUCUGAAGCUCGCAUAGCGCAACGUGAUAAUUGUAAUACUCUCAUCAAGUAUUUGUUCUACGUUAUACUCAGUCACUCAAAGUUCCGACAAUCUGUUAUUCGUUGGCACACCACCAGAACAUUUCGGACAGACAGUCGCGUCGCGUUUAGUCCGUCAGUUAGUCACACACGAACGAGUGCGAGUAUUACUUUGAAAUCGAUUGAAAAUCUGAGUUCAUUUUUCCAAACGUUCAGCAUUCAACAGGGGGCAAGGCAAAUAAAUUAAUUUAAUAAGCUGAGUUCAGUGCAAAAUUUUGAAAAGGCUUGACGAGUCGCUUUCAUAAGCGAGAGAGAAAUUAUAAUAAAUGCGUAUGUUUAAUUGAAGUGAAACACGAGAGCAAUUUGAUACCCGCAUAUAUUCUGGGAUCGCCAGUAUGUGUUGAGCAUUUAAAGUGAACAGCUGCAUCGUAUUGGAGUAUGUGUACCUACUAACUUUUUUAAAUAUUAUGUGAGAGCGGAUCUCUGGCUACAGUAAAACCAAUUUUACAAUUUUAAAUGGGAAACGGAAGCUAAGCUCAACUGGACUAGUAAUGUUCUUCGGUGUUUACUAAAUCUGAUCUCUGGAAAUUUAGAAUGGGAAUUGAUCAGGGUGUUAAGGGCACCACCACAUAUUCUCAGAGUGGAAGCUCCCUCAACUACAGCAGUGAUAUUAAUGCCAUUAGCGUUGAAUUGCCUGACACAGAUGAUUACCACUUAGUGAAUGGAUUAAAAUAUUUGCCUGCGUGGCCAGCAAUUAACUUGGAGUUUGCAGGACUAACAUUUGAAGUGCCCGAUAAAAUAAAUGCAUCAAAAACAAAACAAAUUUUACGUGACAUUCAUGGUGAGUUUCGGUCUCAUGAGCUGACUGCAAUUAUUGGACCUUCCGGUGCAGGAAAAACAACGUUAUUAAACUUACUUGCGGGAUUCGGCUCUGUCAGUUCAUCUGGAGAAAUACUAGUCAACAACAAUCCGCGUGACAUGCGAAUCUUCCGGAAAAUGUCUCGAUAUAUUAUGCAGACGGAUGUCAUGGACCAGCAAUUUACCGUUGGCGAAAUGAUGCUCUUAGCGGCCAACUUAAAACUGGGUAACGAGUUAAAAUUAGAUCAAAAACUAGAAGUGAUUGAUGAAAUCUUGAGCAUGCUGCGUUUAAAAGGUGCUCAGAAUACAAAAACAGACAAGAUAUCUGGCGGGGAGCGUAAGCGUCUUUCCAUUGCACUGGAAUUGGUUAACAACCCACCCGUUAUUUUUCUGGAUGAGCCAACAACGGGACUGGACGAUCUGUCUGGUUCACAGUGCAUUGCAUUGCUGAAAACUUUAGCAUCCGGCGGUCGAACCGUUAUCUGCUCAAUUCACACACCAUCUGCCAAGAUUUUUGAUAUGUUUGACAAAGUCUACGUACUCGCGGAAGGACAGUGCAUCUAUCAAGGAUGCGGAGCCAACAUUGUUCCCUUCAUGCAAUACAUGGGUCUAUCCUGUCCACUAACUUACAAUCCUGCAGACUUUAUAAUUGAAGUGGCAUGUCAUGAUUACGGAGAUAGCUAUCAUAAUCAAAUGGUGGAAGCCGUAAGCAAUGGAAAAGUUACACGCUGGUCUCCCCCAGUGGAAGAUGGCAAAAAAACACCUACCAAAUCGGAUACAACAUCGGGCGCCUCUUCGUGCUAUGAAAUCGAACAGUUUGACGAAGAACUUAAUCCAAAGCUAUUGAUAUCAAAGUCAAGUUGGUGGAUGCAGUACAAAUUACUGCUCAUGCGAAUGAUGUUGCAAAUGUGGCGGGAUAAAUCGCAUAUAAAACUUAAAUUCUACAUGAAUAUAAUUCUGGCUCUGAUUGUUGGUGGCAUUUAUUUGGGAGUGGGACGUCACGCUUCAAAGGCUCUAUUUAAUUUUGGAUUUAUGUUCACCAUUGUGAUAGCCUAUUUGUAUUUGCCAAUGAUGCCGGUGUUAUUACAAUUUCCGACAGAGAUAAAACUAUUAAAGCGUGAAUACUUUAAUCAAUGGUACCGAUUAAGCUCAUACUUUGCGGCCAUGAUUUCUGCAAAACUGCCGUUAAUGUUUGUCCUGGCCGUCAUUUAUUUAUCCAUUGUGUAUUUAAUGUCCAGUCAACCGCUUGAAUGGUUUCGAUUCGUCAUGUUGUUUACUAUCGCAUUUCUAACGGCUCUAACCUCGGACAGUUUUGGUUUACUGAUAUCCAGUCGGUUGAGCUUGGUGAAUGGCAUGUUCAUGGGACCUGUUCUUGCUGUUCCACUCAUUUUGCUUUCUAUCCAUGGGAUUGGAUACGGAAAGGACACUUACGUCCCUCCCAUCAUGCGAUUUCUUAUGUCGCUCAGUUUCUUACGCCAUGGCAUGGAAGGCCUUGUGGCUGCUUUAUACGAUUAUGGAAGAGGCGAUACAAUUUGUGAGGAAACCGAAAUGUUUUGCAUGUUCAAGAAAUCCCAAUUUCUUUUGGUGUUUCUCGGCUUUGAAAACAUGAACUAUUUAUGGUCAGUGUGCUGUUUAAUUGGAUUUUAUAUUUUCUUUACCGUUGCCGCUUAUAUUUUAAUACGACGACGGUUAAAAAAAACGGAGGCAAAUCCUAUCGGCACUUAUGUCUUACAAAUGUUGACAAAGCACUUUAAUUUCACAUCGUAUAAUUAUUAGCUCUUCUUUUCGGUGAUGAAUAUGUAAUAAGAAUACAUAUAAUAAUAAUCAUAAAGUUGUAAACUUACCUAUGCACAUAACAUAUGUUAAAACAUAUCCACAAUCAAAUUUUUUAAUGCCAUUUACCGCAACUAGGUUUAAAUAGCAGAGCUUGUGAUUAGUUUUACUUUGAUAUAAUAUUUUAUAAAUACUUGGAAAUACACAUAAAAUACCGGUUGUCAAGUAUAAUUGUUUUAUACCGUUCCUUGAAUGAAAAACCAAAUAAUAUGAAACAUGCGGAUCAGUCGAUAAAACU